AUGGGUGCCACCACCGAUAGCCUGCCCCAGCCUUUCCCGGAGGAGACCAUCAUUUCUCUUCUCGAAGCCAUUGGCCUUGGCCGUCCCCUGUCCAUCAAGCCACUGAAAGUGACAGCCGCCUUCCACAUCAUAUACGUGCUCACCUACUCCCGCGAGGCGAUUGCACAUCGUCUGAACCCCGACAGCCUCCCAUCGGGCCCCUCGAGUGGAGUCGACCUGAUCCUUCGCAUUUCGGGUGACCAUGUCCCUCGCAUCAAAACCGAGAAUGAAACAGCCAUCCUCACCUGGCUACAAAACAACACCUCGAUCCCCGUUCCAGAAGUGGUAGCGUUCGACGUAACCGCCUCGAACCAAUUGGGCCGGGAGUAUCUCAUCUGCAACCGGUGCCCCGGGGAAGCGAUUUCCGAUAUCUACGAGACACUAACCGAGACGCAACUGGACUCCAUCCUCCUGCAGCUGAUGAAGAUGCUAUCGGAGCUCCACCAACACCCAUUCACGCAGAUCGGCGGUCUCACCUUCUCAGACGCAGAGACCCGAGACAUCACAGUGGGUCCCAUUCUGGACGAGCACUUCUGGUUCACCUGCGACAUCCCGGCCCUCUUCCCACCCACUGAAACAUUCACCAGCCUAAACUACAGUGGACCCUUCGACACCUUCGCAGACUAUGUAACCGGCGCCGUGAAGUCCUAUAUGCACGUGGCCCAGAUCCACCCUUCGCUCGCCCCCCUCCGCCCUUUCCUACCCCGAGUCUCUGCCUUCCUCGGCCUCCUCCCCUCCCACGCAUCCACCCUAAACACAACCCCUAUCUACCUAGCCCACAAGGACCUGCAUUUCGCCAACAUCCUCUACGAUUCCGUCACUGACCGCAUCACUUCGAUCCUGGACUGGGAAUUUGCUGGAGCCGUCCCAUACCCGCAAUGGGACCCGGUCCGGGCGUUUCUCUGGAACGCGAAGCCCGGACAGGAGUCCUUCGAUGAGAAAUAUCGUCUGCGUGACCGCUUCUGGCAGCUUUGUCGGGACAAUGGCGCGGGAUUCUUGGCGGAUACGGCGUUUGGGAACGAGCUGCAGGAGAGUGCUCAUUUGGUGAGGAACUCGUUGAGGGGGAUUACGACCAAUGUGCCGCGGGGGUUGCAUCCGGAGGCAGUGGAGAAGUGGUUUAAGGAUUUGGAGACGGGGUUGGCGGCCUUUGGGGUUUAG